UUGCACCAGGACACCAGCAGGGCCACCUCUACCCUGUAAGCUGCCAACAAUAAGCCAGAUGACGGUUGUGUAGUCAGUUAACUUGAUGGAGGUGUUUCUUUGGGCAAAGACGCAGUCAUAGGUCAAGAGGGUGUACACGUACGGGAGUGGACUGAACACACAGCCUUGUGGAUCCUUGUUCUCACUGUCUUUGUGCCUGAUGUCCUGGUACCAGCUAUGACUGCGUAAAGUCUAUCUAUAAGGAAGUUCAGGACCUAGCAGCAGACAGAUGGUGGUAGUCCAAGGCUGAAGAGCUUAAUUUCCCUAGGGAAAUUAUGUCGAACAAAAACUCUCUCUAUCCACAUGAUUGAGGGACCGAUUAUAAAACAGAUGAAAGAACAAGUAAGAAAAAAAGCUAAACUAACGAGAAAAAGCAGGAGCGUGCUGGUUGGCACAUGCACACCGGAAGUGAAUUGAAGUGAGCAUGACAGGGCCAUAGUCAUUCAAACAGAUUAUGCUAUUUUUUCUAGAGAGGGGCACUGUGGUGGUGGGGUUUAAGCAUGCAGGCACAAAAUGACUAAGAAACCUAUUACAGACAUUGCCAGGGUAGCUGCUUUUGGAGGUGAAUUCUUCUCAUGACCUUGGAUGCCUCAGUCAAAGUCAGUGUGUGAAGAGCUUCAUGCUGCCUCGGCUAGUAGAAUAUCUCUACGUUGUUUAGGUUAUCGAAGCGAGCAAGCGAAGCAUUCAGCUCAUCGAGAAGAGCAUUGCGGUUGGCUGUGACCCUGUUGUUCCACUGCUGGAAAUCAGUAACGUGUUGCACAUGCACUGAGAAUCAGAUGUUGUAGUAUCUUUCCAGCUUCAAUGUGCCUUACCUCUCGCCUUCCCUGAUAUAUAGGUCUACAUAGGUCAUAUUUGGCCUUUUUCUAGCUUUCUGCAUCACCAGAGAAAAAUGCAGUGGAGUGUGCAUGCAGCGCAAAGGAAAAAGCAUUAUGUUUUGAAAGUAGGCCAUGCUGUUGCUCAAAAAAUCACACAAAUACAAAGUCGCACAAAGUGGGGCCUAAUUUUCCAUUCACUUUUGAAGUCAGUGUGUGAACAAAGUCACUUCCGUCAAGUGAUGCGUGUUUUGAUGUCAUGAGACAGUUUUAUUUUCUAAAUGCAUUUCCUUUUUAAACAGGCUUUGAGGUUCAGUUAGCCACAGAAAACAAAUUACUGAGGGGGCAAGUCUUCCUCCUUCAAUAUAAUCUAUCUUACACUGACACCAGCUACAGUUACUUCCUGACCAAUAUGACUGUACAGAAACUUUGCUUUGUCCUGCUUCUGCCUAUACUUGUGUGUUCCAGCCAUGAAGAGAUGCUUGUGAAGAAGGCUGGGAAGGAACAAGAUGUUACUCCAAUAUGCAGCAACGAAACGCUGAACGUUAUCAUGCUGAUAGUGUGUAAGAUCAGCACACAGAGGAGCAGAGGAGCAGGGUGCAGUCUGCUGUAUCGACAUGGACACAACUUUGAGCAUGAAUGUGACUCCAGGUUCACACUGAUGAAAGAAAACGGGACUGUAUUUCUCCACCUGACAAAUUUAACACGAGAAGAUAGUGGGAACUACACCUGUGAGUGUGUACACACUGGAGGAACAUAUAAGCUCCAUCUCAAUGUUGCUGUGGAAGUACCAAUCUCAGAGGAGGAAGAGAACAUCAAUUCAACAGACAUGUCUAUUUCACUUUAUUUGAUCACUGCAGCAGGAGUCGUCAUUGUAACUGGGGUUAACCUGGCAUUUAUCUACUGGUUGAGAAGUCGUGGUUGCCGUUCACAGUCAGAAACAGUUGAAAUAUCUGUCCGUAAAACUUCAUCUUCUGUGUAUGACAAUGACCUGGGGGACCAGUACAGAAGCAUUCGGCAGCCAGGAAAUGAUCUCUAUCAAAAUAUCACCUCAGUCCGCUAUCAGCGUAACAUCAGGACACAUGCAGCAAGACGUGCUGAAAAUGCCUGCAAGGAUAAUCUGGAAAUGGAUCAGGUGUCUAAUGACUACGAAAACAUUUGAACUAGAACUCAAGUUAACUUCUAGUUUCUUUCAGUCAUCCAGUUGAAGUUCACAGGGCUGCUCGAGCCUGUCCCAGCUGUGUAAAGCCAAAAGCCGAGGUACACCUUGGAUACACUCUGUCACAGCGCGAGCAGACAAGAGACAAACCUUCAUGCUCACACCCAUGGCCAAUUUAGAAGUGCACUUAACCUAAACCAUGCAUGUCUUUGGCCCGUGGGACAAAACUGGAGUACCUGACAAGAAUCAACAGAGGCAUUAACUCAAUACUAACAAGUUUGUGUCCAGCUUGGGAGGUAUGUGCCAACAAACAGAGCCAGCAGAGAAGUGUUUUCAGUGAUUGCAGAUGUUCUCCCGUGCAGGUUUCCAAAAUCCCACUGCACAGUGCAUGAUGUGGAUGAAGCUGUCAGAUGCUGAUCGGUUGACCAGCAACAGCAAAACGGGUGAAAAAAACAUCACAGAUCAAAAAAGAUGCAUGAGAGUCACAGACAGCAGCUGCAGUGGACAUUUUUCAUUGGUUUUAAACCUCAGUUUCACUUCAGUGCUUUGUAUGUUAUAACUUCACUCUCCUCCACGGCUGGCUGAUGGACCAACAACAGUAGCCCACAGACCGUUUGUGCCGUAUAUUUAUAACACUGCCCCCAUCUGACAACAGACGCUCUCUGCAGGUAGACGGGUGGUUUGAAGCUGACCACAGACUGCCCAGAGACUGCCACUGCACUACCACUGAACCAUAAUUUCCCCAUUACGAUAUUAAGUUACAACAAUACCGUGUGACAGUCAGUUCUCUUAUUAAGAGACAUUAAUACCAAUAAGCUGCUAAGAUGAUGUUGUAUUUUUUUACAUGUCUGUUUUAGCACUUUAACAUUUGCAUCUAUCUAACUUGCUAACCAUGCAAGACUAUUGCAAGCAUUGCUCUGUAAUAGUGCGACUUCUGUAUCUGCAUGAUGUUUGACCUGGCAGUAUUUUUUAGCCACCUAUGUAUAUUCUUUUAAACCUUUUUAUUGUUUUUAAAUUAUAGUUACAGACCAAAUGUUAAACUAUAUAGUUGAGUAUAUAGUUAAAGUGUUUCUCUAGAUACACAAAAAGGUUUUACAUUAAAAGGUCAUCUGUCUGCAUAUAAAACAGAAGCUUUCAUGCAGAUGCACUUCCUGUUUAGAGACUUUGAGGUUUAGGUAGUGAUGGGGGUGAUUUACUGAGGGUGCAAGUUUUCCUCCUGUCAACACACUCUACUCUACAAUGUCACAUGCCACUCCUGUCCAGUCUUGAAAGCAAUACAUAUAUGUAUAGUAUAAAAUGGUGAAAUGCUGAUUUCCAUGUUUCAAUUGAAUCACUUGAUUGUAAUCAAUUGAUUGCAGAGACUCUUGUGAAGACCUUAUAGAAUCAGAAGUCACUUGAACAUGCACUAAUAAAAGCUGCAGUUGUAAUAGGAGAUAAAGUGGUGUGCAUAAUGUGUGCUUGGAUAAGAUGUCAGUAAUGCAUUCGCAUUAAAAUCACAGGGUUUCUUUCUUUUUCUUAUUUUUCUUACAUAUCAUGUUGUCAAUGGAAAAUUGUACUUAGUAGUCAGUAUAAGCUUUUAAUGAUAUAAGUCUACAUAUGAUAGAAUACUGUAUGUUGACCUCUG